CAGGGAGCCAUGAGGGCGGCGAGCGGUGCCUUGGGCAUGGACAGCGCCGGGCGGACCAGGGAGGCCUACGUGGAGUACCUGAAGAGCAUCACCCUCAUCGCCCAGGCCCUGCAGGAGGAGGCGGCAGGCACAGAGAACAGCGAGGGGAUCACCCCUGACACCCCAAAGCUGCUGAAGCUCGCGGAGCAGUGCCUGGAGAGGGUCAAAUCCAUCGCAGCAGCGCUGGGGAAAACCCAGGUGAAACCGGCUGCAAAGGAGCAAGGUGGGGGCCCUGUGCCCCUCCCCAGGCACCGCCGGGUCUGCUCAGACGAGGGGGGGAAGCUCUCGCCAUUCCUGCCCCCGGAGAUCUUCCAGAAGCUGCAGAUCGCUGAGGCACAGAGCGCACGGAAGGAGCUGACCCCACUGGAGGAGGCCUCCCUGCAGAACCAGAAGCUGAAGGCGGCCUAUGAGGCGCGGGUGGCGCGGCUGAACCCAAGCCAGGCCGUGCAGAAGACAUCCCUGACGCUGUCCCUGCAGCGGCAAAUGAUGGAGAACCUGGUGAUCGCCAAGGCCCGAGAGGAGACCCUGCAGCGCAAGAUGGAGGAGCGGCGGCUGCGGCUGCAGGAGGCGGCCAACCGGAGGUUCUCCAGCAGCGUGGCCCUCACCCCCGAGGAGCAGGAGCAGCGAGCACUCUACGCUGCCAUCCUUGAGUACGAGCAGGACUAUGACUGGCCAAGACAGUGGAAAGCGCAGCUGAAGCGAAGCCCGGCGGAUCUCUCGGUGGUGUCAGGGCUCUUCUCCUGCCUCCUGAGCUGCCCCGAGCACCCCAUCACGCAGCUGCUGCGGCGGCUGCAGUGUGCGGUGUACGCCCGGCUCUACCCCGCCGUCAGCCGCAGCCCCGCCGACGCUUCCCCCGCCUCCCCCUCGGGUCUGUCCUUCCUGUCGCUGGACGCGGGGGGCUCCUCGCUGCCCUCCGAGCCGGGGGGCCGCCGGCUCCGAGCGUCCCGCAGCCUGCACUGCAUGUUCUCGGUGCCCGAGCACGGCCCGGCCGCGCUGCGGCACAGCCAGUCCAGCACCCCCCUGGCCGACAGCGGCGCCCCGGGGCCCACACAGCCCCCCGAGACCCCCCGGGAAAGCUCCUUCGAGGACCUGGAGCGGUUCCUGGCGUCCCCCGAGGGCUGGGCCCCCGCAGAGCCCCCGGCCAGCUCCGGGCAGGACGCGGCGCUGCCGGAGCUGCUGAAGGGCGUCGUGAGGGACAUCCACAACGCCAUGGAGCCCCCGGCCAGCUCCGGGCAGGACGCGGCGCUGCCGGAGCUGCUGAAGGGCGUCGUGAGGGACAUCCACAACGCCAUGGACAGGCUGCUGGCUCUGACUCUGCUGGCCUUCGAGGGGCUCGGCACCGCUGCCGGCAAGGACCAGUGCCUGGCCUGCCUGGAGGAGGCUUUCUUCCCCCCACUCUGGGCCCCGCUCCUGGCCCUCUACAGGACGGUGCAGCAGCCCCGCGAGGCGGCCCUGGCACGCAGCAUGGAGCGGCACCGGCACGCCAGCCCCGCCGACAUGGGGCUGGCCUCACGCCUCUUCCCACCCGCCCCCGGCCGCCCCGCCUACGCCUCGGCCGUGCAGGACCUGCGCCUCAUCCCGCUGGAGACCUGUCCCCGCAGGAAGCUGGAGUGCAUCGUGCGAGCCCUGCGGGGCAUCUGCGAGUGUGCCGAGGAGUACUGCGGCAGCCGGGACAGCCGGAGCCUCGCCACGGCCGCCAUCGGGGCAGAUGACCUGCUGCCCAUCCUGUCCUACGUGGUGCUGCAGACGGGGCUGCCCCAGCUGCUCUCCGAGUGUGCUGCCCUGGAGGAGUUCAUCCAUGAGGGGUACCUGAUCGGGGAGGAGGGGUACUGCCUGACGUCCCUGCAGAGCGCCCUGUCCUACGUGGAGUCCCUGCAGUGAGGAGGGGGCGGCGCGGGACCCCCACACCCCCGGCCAGGAUGUGUGCAGGCUCGGCGCUGCGGCAGGAGCACCGGCAGGACUACGCGCAGCAAUGCCGGCAGGAAUUC